AUGGCAGGAUCGUAUUUUGUCACCAAUUUCUGGACGUUUGCCGCGUACGCUGUGGUCUUGUUCGUCUCGUACAAGGCUGUGGUUUACACUCAGAGACUAUUCGUCCACCCGCUGUCCAAGUUUCCCGGCCCAAAAAUUAUGGCAGCAUCGAGAAUCUACGAGUUCUAUUACGAUUCAUAUCAACACGGACGACUAUGGAGACGAUUGCCCGAGCUGCACAAAAAGUACGGAGCAAUCAUUCGUAUGGGCCCCGACGAGCUGCACAUUCAAGAUUCGGAGUACUUUGAUUACCUAUUCGGCUUCAAACCCUUGGAUAAGUGGCCUAUGUCUGCAAGACAAUUUGGACUUGACCAUGCCAUGUUCGGUACAGAGGAUUAUAAACUGUAUACGCAGCGAAGAGCGGCCUUUGGCGAUGCGUUUUCGAGAUCCAAGACUUUCAAGCUGCAACCUUUGGUGAACGAGAAGACGGAGAAAGGCUGUGAACAGAUCCGUGCAGCAACUAGAAGAGGUGGUUCGAUCGAUUUGGCGUAUCUAUAUCGAGCUGUAACGGCUGAGAUAAUUACAGAAUACAUGUAUGGUCAACAAUACGGUUUCUUCGAAGACGAGAAGACAACAAAAGGCCUCUACGACAGAAGAUUUGAUGCACUAUUUGGCUUCACGCAUCUCGGACGAUUCAUCCCAUUUUGGAUCCCCAUCCUGCUUAUCUUUGCGCGAAGUCAGAUACGACAAGUUCUGGGGGUCCAAGAGUCGACCGCGAGUAUGGUCGCAUUCAGUGGUUUCGCGGACAAGAUGUUGAAGAACAUUGUCGAUGAGCAUGGAGUCAAAGAAGACGUCUCUGAAAACAAGCAAUACAAGACCGCCGCAGAGGUCUAUCUCCACAGCUCGCUUCCAGUGCACGACAAAACGGGCCAAAGCCUUACGCAAGCUACCAUGGCAGCGUGGGCUGGAGGUUGGGAUACGACAGCUUUCUCCCUUACACAGACGUCUUACUAUUUGCUACGAUACGACAGUGUCCUCAAAAAGCUGAAGGCCGAACUGAACAAGGCUUGGCCACAGCAGGCCACCACCCCAACAUACCAAGAACUGCUCGAGCUUCCUUACCUGGACGCUGUCAUGAAGGAAAGUCUGCGGCUGAUGCAUGGUGCUUUAUCACGGCUGACAAGAAUGAACCCUACAUCCGCCGAGCAAUAUAAAUCUUGGACAAUACCUCCGAAAACCAAGAUAUCCAUGAGCACAUCAGACGUGAACCUCGACAAGAGCAUCUGGGGCGACGACGUGGAAAACUUUCGACCGGAGCGAUGGCUUGGACAUCCAGAGCUUGAUAAAUGGUUGAUGACAUUCAGCAAAGGAGCGAGAGUCUGUGCCGGCCAAGAGUUAGCAUGGAUGGAGCUGAAACUGAUCGUAGCUACGAUCUUUCGCAAAUUCGACAUGGAGAUACCGAGUGAAGCGAAGGUUACGGAUGCCGAUAUCCUGCCUUAUUGCGAUGGGUUCACGCCUGGGCCUAAGAACUAUAUGCAGAGACUGCCCGUUGUGCCGACGUUGGUAGAUGGUUGA